CCCCCCCCUUCCCGGGCCGGCGUCGAUGCUGAGCGGGCCGGGGGCACUGCCCGCCUCCCCCGCACCAUGGACGGCUUCUACGACCAGCAGGUUCCCUUCAUGGGCCCCGGGAAGUCCUGCGCAGAAGAGGGCCGAGGCCGGCCGGGGUCCGAUAGGAAAAGGAAAUUUUUGGAGACCGACCUGGCCCACGACUCGGAAGAGCUCUUCCAGGAUCUCAGCCAGCUCCAAGAGGCCUGGCUAGCUGAAGCUCAGGUCCCCGACGAUGAACAAUUUGUCCCAGAUUUCCAGUCUGACAACUUGGUCCUGCACGCCCCACCUCCGGCAAAGAUCAAGCGGGAGCUGCACAGCCCUUCCUCGGAGCUGUCGUCCUGCAGCCACGAGCAGGCUCUCUGUGCCGGCUACGGGGACAAGUGCCUCUACAACUGCUGUGCCUACGACAGGAAGCCCCCCGCCGGGUUCAAGCCAUUAACGCCGCCCGCCACGCCGGUGUCUCCUGCGCACCAGGGAUCGGCCCUGCCGCCGCCGGCCGCCGUGCAGGCAGCUGCCCAUGGGGCGGCCCCGGCCCCGCACCCGCUGCAGGAGCAGAGGCAGCAGACCUUCGCUGUGCCGCGGCCGCCUCACCCGCCCAUGCACAUGCCAAAGAUGAUGUCCGAAAACCAAUACCCCGCAGAGCAGAGGUUUCAGAGGCAGCUGUCUGAGCCCUGCCACCCCUUCCCGCCGCAGCCCGGGGUCCCGGGGGACAGCCGCCCCGUCUACCACCGGCAGCUGUCGGAGCCCCUUGGCCCCGCCGCCCCUCACCCCCCUCAGGGAUUCAAGCAGGAGUACCACGACCCGCUCUACGAGCACAGCGGCCCCGGCCUGCCCGGCCCCCCCGGCCACGGCUUCCAGCCCUCCAUGGGCAUCAAGCAGGAGCCCCGGGACUACUGCAUCGACUCAGAAGUGCCUAACUGCCAGUCCUCAUACCUGCGGGGGGGCGUCUUCCCCAGCAGCCAUGACGGAUUUUCAUAUGAAAAGGACACACGAUUGUAUUUUGAUGACACGUGCGUGGUACCGGAGAGGCUGGAGGGUAAAGUGAAGCAGGAGCCCACCCUGUACCGAGAGGGCCCUCCCUACCAGCGGCGCGGGUCCCUGCAGCUCUGGCAGUUCCUGGUCACCCUCCUGGACGACCCCGCCAAUGCCCACUUCAUCGCCUGGACCGGCCGGGGCAUGGAGUUCAAGCUGAUCGAGCCUGAGGAGGUAGCGCGGCGCUGGGGCAUCCAGAAGAACCGGCCGGCCAUGAACUACGACAAGCUCAGCCGCUCCCUGCGCUACUACUACGAGAAGGGCAUCAUGCAGAAGGUGGCCGGCGAGCGGUACGUCUAUAAGUUCGUCUGUGACCCCGACGCCCUCUUUUCCAUGGCCUACCCCGACAACCAGCGCCCCUUCCUGAAGACGGAGCCCGACUGCCCGGUGCCCGAGGAGGAGACGGUGCCGCUGACGCACUUCGAGGACAGCCCGGCGUACCUCCUGGAGAUGGAUCCCUGCGGCAGCCUUCCCUACGCGGAGGGCUUCGCUUACUGACUCGGCCAGCCGGCAGAGCCGCGAGCACUAGCGCAUCCACUUUGGGCAAAUACGGUUUUGUAAGGAAUAUUUUUUGCUGUUCAUAAGGAGGAAAAAAAAAAACAAAAAACAAAAAACACCAAACCCAAAACAAACCGUGUGCGCACACACAAAUUGGAGGAAUCUAAAAUGCCCGGUGUGUGUCACUGCCGAAUUCCCACCCUUACUGUCCAAGGGCUAGUGCGUAGGACUGCCCGUGGCUGGCACCUCCCGCCAAGCAUCGGCGCGAUGUUUUUGGGGCGACGGGAGCUAAAGACGCAGUCUCUGACCCAGGCCCCGUUCCUCGCCAGCACAGCGAGGGCUGCCGGCUCCGGCAGCGCCCCGGGACUGGGCUGAGCCGGUGUGGCCGCCUAGCCAAUUGUCACGACAAUCUGCUUUUUUGCAUCGAGCACGAUCCGCGUAGCUGCCUUGUGUGGUGGAAAGGGCUUUUAUUUGCACAGAGGAGGGGGCCGCCUGGGCCAGCACCCCGGGGCUGAUGUGCGCAGCAUCCUACCCCAAUCCCGAGGAGCCUUCUGCCUUCUUCCCAAACCGCCCCUCCCUGCCCCACCCUUGUGAUAUAACCUGAUAUAUAACGGUUUCUCAGCCCUUCCCGGGUCCUCGCCGUGCCCCUCUCUCUCCUCCUCCCCAGCUCCGGCUGCGGGCCAUGGGUUGCAUUUUUGGGGGAGGAGACCCUGACACUAUCUCCCUCCCUCCCUCCCUCCCUCUUUUUUGUUGUUGUUGGUUUUUUUUUUUGAUGUUUUGGGGGAGGGGGGGGAAGUUUCUAAACUGAUUUUUGUAGAUUUUUUGUAUUUUAAGGCAAAGCUAUUUUUUGCAGCCUGGCUGCUGUUCCCGGAGCCCCUGGGGUUGCCCCCCUGGCUUUCCCCGUGGCCCACUUGCGGGGGGGAGCCCUCGGUGCCCGCAGCUCCCCGGGAUGGCUGCCGAAGUAUCCGGUCCACUCCAUUUCACUGCUCGAGUCCUCUUUCCCGGGGGAGCCGGGGCUGAACCCCGGUGCCGGCUCAGCUGCGCUCCCCCCCCUGCUCGGCAUGGCCUCGGAGCUGGGCUGUAAGGCUGCGGUGGGCAGGGACGGCGGGGUCCCCCACCCCGCUUCCCCGGUACCCUGCUUCCCUCCAGCUCCCUCCUCCCCGCUGCGCCUCCUAACACUCCUCCACCACUCAUAUAUCCAUACCUGCCUAUCCCCCCACUCCCACCGGCUACAUGUUUUUGUUGUAAAUGCUGUAUAGGAAAUUUUUUCUCUUCCU